GUCCCUCCAUGCAAAUGAAUACUGAUACUCGAAAGGAGGUUCCAACCAUCAAUUCAAAUAAGCGAAUUUAUAGAAUUCAUUUAUAGAAAGACGUCAAAUAAUUAUUGUGAUUGUACUUGGUAGAGAUGCAAAUACAUAUUUUCCAUUUAUAAAAAAUUAAUUUAUAAAAAUGCGACAAAUAAUUAUUAUACUUUGUUUAUGAACAGGAAAAAAAUUAUAUGAAUAAUUUCAUUUCCCCAACAAAAACCAUAGACGUAAAGCAACCAGAUAAUUGGCGUGCAUCUGAUGAAUCCCCGAGAAUUUGUGCGCGAGCAGGCUUAGGCCUUAGAGAGAAGAAUUUGAACAUGAUUUUGAUGAAAUCCGGAUGGACAGAAUUAAUUAGGUAUCAGUAUGAAAACAACAAGAAAUAGGUGACUCAAAAUGAAAUUGUUCACAAUUUGCUCUGCCAUUUCGGGGGCACUGCGACUCCUUUCCGGGAAACUACAGAUAUAAAAGGCACGCGAAAACUUGCGCUCCCGCCAGCUCGCGUUCAAGAUGUUCCAAGAUGUUCCAAUUCCACUCUCCACUCUCAAGCAACUCCGAUCAACAAUGUCUGCUUCGCCUACAGGAUCCGCCUCUGCGAUGGUUCUCUCCGUCUUGGGAAACUGAAUUGGAGCUCACAUCUACCAUCUAUGAUAUGUCGCAGCAGGUCCAGAACGCGAUGGCGGAUAGGCUUAAGAUGGCAAGUGAAAUGGACCAGAACUCUGCUGGAGUGACGGAGGAGAUUGGGAAAUGGAAAGAAGCGGAUAUGGAGAGGAAGAAAGCUUUGGACGAAGAGAAAGAGAAGUUCCAGAAAGCUGCUUAUUAUGCUCUGGAGAUGCUCAACCGGUGACAUUGAUGACGGUGAGUAAGAUUACAUAUUUUCUGAAGAAACAUUAAUUCUUCAACGAGUGUUCUAGCUUUACUAUACAUUCAAAUGUGCCUGUGGCUAUUGCAUUGUUUAACUCACAUGAGCACAAUCACUGGAAUUGAAGAAACAAGAUGGGAAUUACACACAGAUGCAAUAAUGUGCUCACAAUCCUUUUGUAAGCUUGUGUCUGAGAGUCUAUCUGGAAGAGGCCCACUAGUUGUACUGAAUGACAGUCCAGAAUCUAAAUGAUAAACAAGUGAUCAUUCUCUCUUAGGGCGUCCAGAUCUUCAACCUGUGUGCCAUUCUCCAUGACGAUUUUGUUUCCUCUUUUUCCAAACUUCUUUUCUGCAUGGAAAAAAGUUAAUACAAGGUUAACUUCUCAUCCUAUCGUGUCUACAAUUCCCUGUACUGGUUACGAGAACAUGUUGUAUAACCGUAUGUGGUGUUUCUUAAAGCUGGUAGUCAGUGCCUUUAGUCCUGUCAUUAUAGAUACUUAGAGCAUGACGGAUGGAAAUUUGUUGUGUUUCAUAUUUCAGUGUCUGUGCAAAUGUUUGAUCACUGAUUUCCAUUGUUCGUAAGGAAUAGUACUGCCUCUGGUUAGAAAUUGUUUUUGAAAAAAAUAUGUAUCCAGGCUUGUGUAAGAGAAAUGAUGCCAUAGUUAUUUACAUGUUACUUGUUAUGGAUUUAUAAUAUGGUAUUACCUGCUAAUCCUAGAAGUUCUUCAACUGUAUCUGGUAGAUAGACUAGCUUCCCAAAGGUAUAUUUCUCUGUUGGAAGUUCCUUUGGAUGAUGCCCGUGGAUUAUUACCCGUAUAGACUUGGUCGAUAAUGAAGCAGAACUUUCCUGUGUUCCUGAAAAAUGAAUUGUGAAUAAGAAAAGCUAACAAAUCUCUUUUAACUCAGCUGCUGAAGGCACAGCUGUGAGUCAUCAACCGAGCAAACAUCAUUAUUUUGAUCAUUGAGCAGCAGCUCCUGGCGACCAGUGAGGGAAGACCUUAGUCUCUUCUUAGUUAUGUUUGAACAGUGAAAGCAGCAGCUCCUGGCGACCAGGUUGUUUAGGCAUUAUGUGCAGGGAAGACCUUAGUUUCUCCCGCAUAAAGAGCAGGUUGGAUAAUAAAGUUAAGGAGAUGAUCUAGGCAGUAUACCUAGUUCUUUAAGUCCCAAGGCAAGCCCAACUUUUAUCCAGUACCAAAAUCUUUUACGUCUGAAAAUCUUCCAAAUGCCAGUUUAAUACAGACAUGGAUUAAAG